AUGCGUGAGAUUGUCCACCUCCAGACCGGUCAGUGCGGUAACCAGAUUGGUGCUGCCUUCUGGCAGACCAUCUCUGGCGAGCACGGCCUCGACAGCAAUGGUGUUUACAAUGGCACCUCUGAGCUCCAGCUCGAGCGCAUGAGCGUCUACUUCAACGAGGCUUCCGGCAACAAGUAUGUUCCCCGCGCCGUUCUCGUCGAUCUCGAGCCUGGUACCAUGGAUGCCGUCCGUGCUGGCCCCUUUGGUCAGCUCUUCCGCCCCGACAAUUUCGUCUUUGGACAGUCUGGUGCUGGCAACAACUGGGCCAAGGGUCACUACACCGAGGGUGCUGAGCUGGUCGACCAGGUCCUUGACGUCGUCCGCCGUGAGGCUGAGGGCUGCGACUGCCUUCAGGGUUUCCAGAUCACCCACUCCCUUGGUGGUGGUACCGGUGCCGGUAUGGGUACGCUGCUCAUUUCCAAGAUCCGCGAGGAAUUCCCCGACCGCAUGAUGGCUACCUUCUCCGUCGUGCCCUCGCCCAAGGUCUCCGACACCGUUGUCGAGCCUUACAACGCCACCCUCUCCGUCCACCAGCUGGUCGAGAACUCCGACGAGACCUUCUGUAUCGACAACGAGGCUCUGUACGACAUCUGCAUGCGCACCCUCAAGCUGUCGAACCCCUCGUACGGUGACCUGAACCACCUCGUCUCCAUCGUCAUGUCCGGUGUCACCACCUGCUUGCGUUUCCCCGGCCAGCUGAACUCUGACCUGCGCAAGCUCGCCGUCAACAUGGUUCCCUUCCCUCGUCUCCACUUCUUCAUGGUCGGCUUCGCUCCUCUGACCAGCCGUGGCGCCCACUCCUUCCGCGCCAUCAGCGUGCCUGAGCUCACCCAGCAGAUGUUCGACCCCAAGAACAUGAUGGCCGCCUCUGACUUCCGCAACGGUCGCUACCUGACCUGCUGCUCCAUCUUCCGCGGUAAGGUCUCCAUGAAGGAGGUCGAGGACCAGAUGCGCAACGUUCAGUCCAAGAACUCGUCCUAUUUCGUCGAGUGGAUCCCCAACAACAUCCAGACUGCCCUGUGCGCCAUUCCUCCCCGUGGCCUCAAGAUGUCCUCGACCUUCAUUGGUAACUCGACCUCCAUCCAGGAGCUCUUCAAGCGUGUCGGUGAGCAGUUCACUGCCAUGUUCCGUCGCAAGGCUUUCUUGCAUUGGUACACUGGUGAGGGUAUGGACGAGAUGGAGUUCACUGAGGCUGAGUCCAACAUGAACGAUCUUGUCUCGGAGUACCAGCAGUACCAGGAUGCUGGCAUUGACGAGGAGGAGGAGGAGUACGAGGAGGAGCUCCCCCUUGAGGAGGAGGUCUAA